ACAAUCGAAGCGGCCAGCCAUUCAUCUAGCCAAGGACCACCUAUUUAUUGCUUUUUUGCUUCGCAUUUGUACUCAUUUUUCGCCUCUCUCGAUCUCAAAUAUUGCUUGAGAAAAAGAUUCUAAACCCGAAAACCCCACAUUUGCACUCCAACUAAAAUUUGAAUCGCACCAUGCGCAAUUUUACAAAAUUAUUUCUUAGUUUAUCGCAUAUCCUUCUUGCGUUUUGCCGUGAGGACAGCAAGCCUUUGAACGCGAACAGCUCGAGCCCAGGCGAAGAUCAGGGAUCGAACCUACCAACAUCGCCUUAUGCUUCGAUAGCCAAAACAGCAGGGCCUAGUGGCAUUCUAAUUCAACCAAAAGGUGGCGCCGUUUUCAAGAAUCACGUAGGGGCUGUGGGGAACGUAGAAGUUAUUUAUAAGGGAGUUUCGGAUGGAACAAAUGAUGUUGGCGCCAGAACUUGUACGAUCGACCUUCAUUUAAUACCAGUUUCUAAUCAAAGUCAAACAGGAUCCAUCAACCUCAGCAGCGAAUCGGUAAUUCAUCUCUCCUACGGCUUGAGACCCCAUGACAGUGGUAGUGACCAACCCAUCUGGGCUAACUUUGUCCCACCCCCUGGAGCAUGUGGCGAUUUUCACUUGGUGGUCUAUGAGAGGCAGCUCUACAAAGACACUGUGAUUCAUUUUCAAUCCGCCGCUCCAAUAAUUCGCUUCGAGUGCGCCAACAUGGUUGCCCCAAAGAUCUAUCCCCCGAAUUCCAUCUCCGAGCUUUGAAAAGUGCUUUCGCGAAAGCGGUCACAUUCCAUCAACAUGAAUUCUUUGGUUGCAUAUUGGUACAGAUUAACAGAUCCAGUGUUCAAACAUAUAAUUAAUUUACAUAAUAUGAAUAAAACUACUUCAGUUUGCUUUUGAGCAUAGCAACCACGAUCCUGAGGUGAAAUUAUCAGCUCUGAUUGCGCAUGUCAUAAUAUGCCUGCUCAAGAUGAGUGGGAAGU